AUGGUGCGAGGCGGUCGGUCUGGUGGUGGUAUUGAGGGCAAACGGAGAGGUGGGGCAUUUCGCCAUGAGAGCGAGCAUGAUUCGAUGGCCAUGGUAACUAAUUUCUGUAAAAAUGGAAGUAGUGGCGGCGCCGUUUCUGGAUGCAGCAGCAAUGGCGAUUUGAGGAACUGCCAACGACAUCAAUGGAGUUUUUUCAACCCGUCAAUGGCGAUAUCUAGCGUGUUAUCUUCAUGGGGCAUCUUUCUUCUCUUGGCGUUCCUCCAAAUGUUUGUGCCCGUGUGCCCGAUUGGCGUAAACUAUGGCACGACGGGCGACAACCUUCCUUCGCCGAAAGAAGUCGCACAAUUCCUUAAAGAAAAUACAAUCAUCGAUCGUAUCAAAAUAUUUGAUAUGAACACGGAUAUCAUCAAAGCCUUUGCUGACACAGGCAUCUAUGUGACGGUGACCGUUCCCAACGGGGACAUUCCGUCGCUUACGGAUUCCGGUAAGGCUGGAAAAUGGGUCCAGGAAAAAAUCAAGCCGUACUAUCCCGACACCAAGAUCCGCUACAUUGCUGUCGGUAAUGAGAUCCUCCAUUGGGGGACUCCUGACAUCAUCGACAAUCUUGUUUCCGCCAUGAAAACGCUCCACGGAGCGUUGGUCAAGGCGGGUAUCAAGGACAUAAAAGUCACGACCCCACAUUCACUUGGGAUCCUCCUCUCGUCAGACCCGCCCAGUAGUGGUGCAUUCCGACCAGGAUGGGAUGAAGCCAUCAUAAAACCGAUGCUCGAGUUCUUGAACGAAACCCAAUCCGGGUUCAUGGUUAACCCGUAUCCAUAUUUUGGGUAUUCACCGGGUAAUGAUAGUUUCGCUCUUUUCCGACCGAACCCGGGAUUUGUUGACCCUGAAACCGGGAAAGAAUACGACAACAUGUUUGAUGGGUUGAUGGAUGCCAUUUACACGGCGAUGAAGAAAUUGGGAUUUCCGGAUGUGCCAAUCGUCGUGGGGGAGACAGGGUGGCCAUCGCUUGGUGAACCGUGGCUUACAUGGGUAAAUGUCGACAAUGCAAAAUCGUAUAACGGCGGGAUGAUUAAGAAGUCUAACUCGAAAAUUGGAACACCAUUGAUGCCCGGAAAGAACUUCGAGAUCUACAUUUUUGCAUUGUUCAAUGAGAACCAGAAGCCUGGCUCGCUUGCAGAGAGGAAUUUCGGGCUCUUUCGACCCGAUUUCACAGAGGUCUACGACAUCGGAGUCGUGAACGGAAGUGCACCUAAGAGACGAUCGCAUGGUCCUGCGGCUUCUCCGUCAAAGUCACCAAAAAGCGAGAAUUCCGGUGGUGGUUCUGGUGAUUCAAACUCAGAUUCAGGUCGAUCACAGUCAAAGUCUACUGAUGAGAAAUCUCCUCCCGGUAGCAGUAGCACUGUCAGUGGCAGCAGCGAUGCUUAUGGUGGCCGAGCAGCGAUGGCCUCCGUCGCCGGAGCUGCAGCCGUUGUUGUAGUGGCUUCAUCUUUGAUAUGGCAGUUAAGUAUGAUUUGA